AGAAAUAUCGUAAGACGCGUGUGGGAAACGCGGAGGAAACGCAAAAGCCCUCUCUCCUUUUAGCUUCGCCGCUCUUUAUAGGGCCAAAAUUUGCGGGAGUCAGACAUCUCACCGCUCUCUCUUUUUUUUCCGGACACCGAGACUUGAAAAGGCUCGUCUUUUACUUUGUUUGCUGUCACUAACCACCGGAACCGUUUAGAGUUGGAGAAGAAUGGGUUACAUAGGAGCGCAUGGUGUGGCAGCUCUUCAUAGGUACAAAUACAGUGGAGUGGAUCACUCUUAUCUUGCCAAAUACGUCCUUCAACCUUUUUGGACUCGUUUUGUCAAAGUCUUCCCUCUUUGGAUGCCACCAAACAUGAUAACGCUUAUGGGGUUCAUGUUUCUAGUCACAUCGUCCCUGCUAGGCUACAUAUAUUCACCACAGUUGGAUUCUCCUCCUCCACGAUGGGUUCACUUCGCACACGGUUUACUUCUAUUCUUGUAUCAGACAUUUGAUGCGGUUGAUGGGAAGCAAGCAAGAAGGACAAAUUCCUCUAGCCCCUUAGGAGAGCUCUUCGAUCAUGGUUGUGAUGCACUUGCUUGUGCGUUUGAAGCCAUGGCAUUUGGAAGCACUGCGAUGUGUGGAAGAGACACUUUCUGGUUCUGGGUUAUUUCAGCUAUUCCCUUCUAUGGAGCUACAUGGGAGCACUAUUUCACCAACACACUUAUUCUUCCGGUCAUCAAUGGACCAACAGAGGGUCUUGCACUUAUAUUCGUCAGCCACUUCUUCACUGCCAUUGUCGGUGCUGAAUGGUGGGCUCAGCAAUUGGGGCAGUCCAUACCAUUGUUUAGUUGGGUGCCAUUUGUUAAUGCGAUCAAAACUUCCAGAGCAGUCCUAUACAUGAUGAUCGCUUUCGCCGUUAUACCAACCGUAGCAUUCAAUGUGUCAAAUGUCUACAAAGUUGUUCAAUUAAGAAAAGGGAGCAUGCUGUUAGCAUUAGCUAUGCUGUAUCCUUUCGUGGUUCUUCUUGGAGGUGUUUUGAUAUGGGACUACUUGUCUCCAAUAAAUCUCAUAGAAACAUACCCUCACUUGGUUGUACUUGGAACUGGGCUUGCAUUUGGAUUUCUGGUGGGAAGAAUGAUUCUUGCUCACUUGUGUGAUGAGCCGAAAGGACUGAAAACAAACAUGUGCUUGGUAAAUCUGAUAACUUAUUUCUCGCCACCUUCUCCAACCUUACUGGUUAGGGAAAAUGUAACCUUAUGUUAUGUUUUUUUUUUAAAUCUAAAAAUGCAGUCUCUAGUCUAUCUUCCCUUUGCACUUGCAAACGCUUUAACCGCAAGAUUGAAUGAUGGGGUUCCUCUAGUUGAUGAGUUAUGGGUUCUUCUUGGCUACUGUAUAUUCACAGUGUCAUUAUACUUGCACUUCGCCACAUCUGUCAUCCAUGAGAUCACUACUGCUCUUGGAAUCUACUGUUUCAGGAUCACGCGUAAAGAAGCUUGAAGAAGAAACCUCAAGGGUGCUGUUUUUUCUGUGUGGACCGUUGGAUCAAUACGGCGAAUGAUCAAUAUGGUUUAGAUCAGUAUUUUGUUUAUGCAUAUUGACAAAAAAAAAAAUGAAAAUUAUUUAUAAAUGCUGUCUAUGCCUCAAUGAUGUGAGCUUCCACAGGUCAGUGUAAUUUGUUUACAGUUAAAUUUGUUAUUAGUUCUUACACUUCACCUCUUCAGGUGAAUAAAUAAUCAAAUAUUAUGUCUUCGUAGAGAAA